AUGUCCAAAGGAUGUUAUACUUGUCGCCGACGCCGAAUAGUCUGCGACAAUGGAUUUCCUACCUGCCGCAAGUGCCAAAAUGCCGGCAAGGAGUGUCUGGGAUACCAGAAACCUUUGGUAUGGGUUAAGGGAGGAGUGGCCAGUCGCGGAAGGAUGAUGGGCUUGAGCUUUGAUGAUGUAGCUUGUCCAGCUUCGGGCAGCAGCAGUCCGUCCAUGCAUUCUCAGCAGGUGCUGCCAUUUUCUCUGAAUGAGGCGGGACAUCAGAUUCAUAAUGGCACACUCGUCCGUGCUCGAAGCCAUCCUACAGAGUCGCCCAUGUAUUCUCUCGUCGAUCCAGUAUUCCAAGACUUGAAUAAGACCUCCAGAUUUUACGUCGAUAUGUUCAACCGGUUGAGUGUCCACUGUCUGGCUCUCUAUGAUGCCGUUAAAAACCCAUACCGAGAAUUGAUCCCCUAUAUCCAUGGCUCAUCCGUCUUAGCGGACUCUCUGGCCGCUAUCGGCGCAAUACAAUUUGCAUACAAGUCCGAAAAUCACGGACAGCUCCUCAUUGCCGCGGCAGCAGGCGAUGAAGCAUCGCUCAAAGCUGGAAUGGUGGUCAUGAAACCCCGCGACACCAAAACAUAUGAGCAUUUCCUACGACUGAAACAGAGCGCUCUGCAUCAAUUAUCUACAGAAGUGUCACAUCCCAUGACACGUAUUGACGAUCGGACAGUAGCAGCCAUGUUUGUGCUGAUAUUACUUGAUGUGAUCGAAUCCGGCUACACAUCAUGGAUGUACCACCUCGAAGGGGCGAAGAAUAUACUACGUGGCAGAUUUUCGGACAAUAAGCUGCCCUCCACAGAUGGGAUUGAUGCAUUUAUAGUCGAUGCCUGCUUAAUAACAGAGAUCAUGGGGUCGACACUCGCACGACCGGGUGUCUUAUCAAGACCCUUUUACUCACCAAGUAUGGGUUCGGCCAUGCUCAAACGUCUAGAAAGGACCGCUUGGGUCGGCUGUCCAGCCUACCUCUUAGAUGUGAUCUUUUUUGUCCAUGCACAGCGUUACUCUGAACCGGGCGAGACAGCAGAAUACUCCUUAUCAUUCCUAACACCAUCCGGAAAAGCCACACAAGCUGAGUCACCGCUUGCAGUCCUUCGACACAUCGAUGCCUUCGACGCCGAUGCCUGGGCUGAGGAAAUGCAAUCAUACCUGACCCUACCAGAUCUAUCACAACGUCUCGCUCUAGCUCGGGCUUACAAAGCCGCAGUCUAUUUGUAUGCGAGAAGAGUUCUCUCCCGAACAACCGCAUUCGCAUCCGACUGCGCCUUGACGGAUUUCUCGAUAUCCGCUUUACAAAGCCGCAAAACAGUCGAAAAUGACCUCAUCCAAAACCUCCUUCUCAUCCCUCCCGAAGACGAACACUUCAAAUGUCUCAUAUGGCCUACUUUCAUCGCCGGUGCAGAAUGCACGUCUCGCGAGCAACGCUCAACUACUUUACGUCUUUUGGGUCUUUUGUGGAAUGGAUUCUACAGUUUGAAUUUGCAGAACGCUGCAUGCGUGUUGAAGGUUAUGUGGGAUAAGCAGGAUGAGCGAAUGCUGGCUACGGGUGUUGGAGAAGAAGAGGACGCCGAUGAUGAAGGGUUUGAUUGGAUUCAGGAAUUGGAUCAGUCUAGUACGGAUUGGUUGUUUAUAUAA